GGGAAACUUGGUAUAGAUAUCAAUCCCAUUUUAGAAGCGGAACUUAGAAGGGAUAAAGCCUCUUCAGAUAAACCAAUUAGAUUAUUUGAUUUGCUUUUAUCUUUAGAAGAUGAUAUAGUGGUAAUUCAGGAUAAACUCGGUAUUAUUGGUUAUUCUAAUCAAGAAAGGGCAGAAGAAGUUGAUGAGAAUGUAAGAGCACAACUACAAAAGCUUGAGGAAUUUCACGGUCCAUUAGAAGAUGAUCCAGGUGUGAUUUUACCGAAAUAUGGUGAAAUGGGG